GCCGCUCGAUUACUUUCGAUAACACUCCCUUUGCCACUAUUAUGGCUUUCACCUUAAGACCUUUUACGUUUUUUUCCCAUUGACCUAAGCUACGACACUGUAUAUGUCUUACCGUCUCCUUUGUUUUCGAUACUAAUCCUCAUAGCAGUUGUCUCAGCAUUAACCAGCUCAUAAAAGGACGGAAAAACUAGUGCAGGUUUAUCACGAUGCUGUCAUAUGACGAUGCCAAACAGUUUCUUGAAAAGAUUCUUCAUAUCGAGAAUUUUGAGAAGAUGUUCAGAGAAAACAAACUGGAACUUUUACGAGACAUUCUCCGCCGGUAUAUUCACGUCGAACCGUUUCAAGGAAUCUCAAGCAUGAGUACAAAACCAGAAGACCGCCAUCUAUUGACAUUUGAAGAAAUCAAACAGGAUAUGUUUGCAAGAAGAGGUGGUCUCUGCUAUGCGACCAAUCGAUUUAUUAACGUUUUACUAAACACAAUUGGUUAUGAUGUAUACCAUAAUGGUUGCACUGUUUUAAAUAAUCACAACAGCCAUUUAUGUAAUAUAGCUCGCGAUCUUACAAAACCAGGAGACCUGCAUCUAGUUGAUGCCGGCAUGGCAUUUCCUUCUUGGGAUCCGAUACCUCUAGACUUUGAAAAUGAAUCCCCUGUUUACCAUGUUGGCUUUCUCUAUUUUAAAUUUGUUCGUAAAGAUAACACCAUACUACGAUUACAUAAACACGAUAAGCGGUAUGAUUUUCCAGUCAACAUCGACAGCAAAGCAUGGCAUCAAUUUUGGGAGAUGACAACGGAGCCGCUUGCUAUAGAAAGUUUUCAUGCGAUGAUGACUGGUAUUUACACAGUACCUGGCAUACACAAGAUUCCGUUUCUCGAACGCAUAACAUGUGUCGCGUUUGCUGAAGACAAACUGAUAGCGAUCAAAGAUUCCACAUUUUUGUUUGAGAAUAAUGAUCAUCAAUUGGAAGUAAGAGAAAUAACUACGCGCACUGAACUUGUUUCGACUUUCUUAGCUUACUUCCCUCAAUUCCCAUUGGACAUGGUUGAGGCUGCCAUUGACGUUGCACAGUCUCUAAAAUUUGACAAAAACAAUUUUGAAGAUAAAACCUUGCAAUAACAUAUACAUAGGCCUAUGCAUAUAUAUUCAAAGUUUUUGUUGCUUAACUCUGAGAAAACAAAUAGUGUAUGAAUCAAAUAAAUAAUAAUGCAGUGCUCAAAUACCAUAAAACCAGCGGUGACACCAGAAAUUUUCCGAUAUAUAUAUAUAUAUAUAUAUAUAUAUAUAUG